AUGUACUUCGCUCCUGCUGCUUCUACAGCUGGGGAUGACGAUGAUGAUGAUGCUGAUGAUGAUGAUGAUGAUGAUGAUGGUGGUGGUGGUGGUGGUGGUGGUGGUGUUGGUGGUGGUGGUGGUUCACUACAGACAUAUCUCUCAAGAUUAUUGUCAGAAAUUGGCAUGUCUUAUUAGGUUCCUAUAUCGAGACUUUUACUGCGUGACCUGGGACUUUAACUACGGCCUUCAGUGCUGGGAAGCACAAUGCCUGGCUACUCAUGCUGCGCCGUGCGUACUUAAAACGUUUUGAAAAUAAAGAUGCUACUUUCAAAGGAGCGGUGAGUUCAUCGUUUUAGCCUGAUUGCCGGAUGGAACAUAGACAUUCCGGAGUAGACUGCUGUAUGACACUCCCAAAUGAUUCGGAGUGUUUUCUUUAUCAGCCGACAAAGGCGCAGACAUAUGAUGUAAUGAUUGAAGGAAUUAUGAUUUAGACUUCAGAUACCCUCGGCUUCGGGUUAGAGUACAGCAGACUCACAACAGCGAAGAGACCCAAAGUUGUCUUCCCCGCUCCCUUUGUCCUUGUUGGGUAUGCAUCUCGGCGAGGCGCGUGCAAUCCAGAGGGGAACAAGUUAUUCUAAGAAAAGGGCAGACAGACUGGCGGUAUCUAACACUCCGGGGGGACAACUGUGCCACUUGGCUCCAAAUACAUUUGGCUAACAAGCAAACGAAAACUAACUGAGAUUCUGGGAGGCUCAAGGCAAGAGAGACUCAUAUUACUCAGUUUCGAACAGUUUAACUGGGGGACACUGUCGUUGCCCUGUCGCGCCAGCGCACCGCCUGUCGCAGCGUGAGGGAUAAACGAGGUCGCGGAACUCUCAGCGAGGGGAGGGAAGAGGGGGGGGGGGCGAAACCGUUUAAGCAGACCACCUUGCUGGCACUUUCGGUGGAAGUGAAACUUAUCCGCCUCAUCCUAUGACCUGCUGGAAUAUUAAUCAGAAACGCCAUCUUUCGACAGGACACAACGACAAGAGCACCUGGUCAUAGAAAGCACGCCCUGGACGAUAAGAUCUGGCAAGUGGGCCUGCCGCGUCCAGCUGAUGAUUGGUAGGACAAGUCCAAUCGGGUCAUGCGGGUUACCGCUGGCAAGUGAACUGUGAACCAGACAUUGACGGACAGUUAAACCUUGCUCCCUCCCCCCCCCCUCCUCGGUCCUAUCGGUCGUUGCAAUGACCAACAUUGUAGGAAAGGUGCCCACUACAGGCCCAGAGUUUUCGUCUGGAAACGCAACUCCGGGUGAAAAAAAAACCCUUACAGUCGGGAUUUUCUACAUGGUGCUUAUAAGUUGCAAGGGCCUCGGUAUCCUCGCCUCCGAGGCCUGCGUAAAAAAUGCCACAAGUGGAUCAUGAAGACGGCCCUUGACUGCCAACUUACGCAGGCAUGUAUAAACCAAGAGGGGAAGCACUGAGGCGAUUUUAGUGUAACGGUACAUAGGCAAGAUGUGGUUUGGUAGUCCCACCUGAUGGACACAAUACUGUUGGAGUUGGGGUUAAAGGCUAGGGUUAGGGCUUAGGAUUAGGGGUUUCAGGGUUAGAGCAACUAUUUCUCAACCGUUCAAAGUACAACCGCGCAUUCCCAAAAGCCUUUCUUUUGCAUACGACUACUUGACUUCGUCACCUAUGCGUUCCCCGACCCCAUCUGUAAAAAACCCUCUUACCACCGGUCCCGUAUUGCAGGUGACUGAGGUUUGUUUACUUCAGAAGGGGCUACCAAGCCACAUCCGACCGGUGCCAUAUAAUCUUAAUUAUUUCCUACCUGGAUUAUUUCGCGAGACGGGACCGAAACGCAGGCACCUCUUCCCCUCCUCCUAUUCCUGACUACUACAGCCUCAGCGAGUUUUCGGAUGAAGUCACGAGGUAAAACUUUGGUAAAUAAUGUCGAUUUAACCCCCAAUUUUAACGACUAGCUCAUUUUCUGAAAGAGACUGUAUGAUACAGCCUCUCAGUAGGCGUUUUCCACCUGUAAGAUUUCUCUAUGUCAUGUAGUUUGCCCUGUGGGGGGUUAUAUACUCGGCAAAUAGCGGACGGUGUCCUUCUACCAUUCUGACUUUUUGGUCUCGUUACCCAAGGUAUGGAGCUGGACUUCGGUUUGUGCAAAACAUAUUUCGCUCUUGCGGAUCACGAUUUCGGGUUGCUCAUGCUGCGCCGUCUGCACUCAGAACUUUCUCAAAAUGGAGACGUCGCCUCCAAGUGA